CAAGUUGCGGAAACAAGCAACUUGCCGGGGACAAAUGCUGAGCCUUGCAUUGUUGACAUGAUGCAACAAGAGGAAGCUGAUUUUGACAGUGAGGAUGAUUGCAAGAUACCCUUGAUCGUAUUUUCCCUACCAAAUCACGCCGAGGUAAAUAAAUUUUUUAAGCUGAGGACAAAACAAUAGCAGCUUCCUUCCUCCUCAAAAAAUCUUUUUCUCUUUUGAGACAUCUGCGGGUCAUCUGCAGGUCCGUAAAAUGUUCAACACACUUCCAAAAUUAGCGUUGAAUUAAUAAUUUUGAUUUAGCAAUGCAGCAUACAAAAUUGUUAGUAUUGUUUCGCUUAUAAAUAUCAUCACUGAAGUAAUUUGCCCUAUAUCAUCUUUUGAUCUCCAGCCUCCUGGGAGAUCUUUUUUUUUUAACCACGUUUCGGGGCGGAGGCCCGUAGCUAAGGAAAUGUGGUAAUCUACCCAUCCGAGAAAAAUUUGGUAAUCACGUGACCGUACACCAAGCGACCGUCCGUCCGCACCACAGGCUUACCAAUGUAAAAUAACUCAAGGUUUUAAUUGGAAGGAAAUCACAUGGCCGCCCAUACUUUUAGAAAGAAAAAAACAACAACAAAGUCGUGUCUUUUUCGGCGUUAUUUUUUAUGUUUAUACUAACGUAGAUAACAGAGAAAGAGCUAGAGCGAGUUAUUGAAAACAAAGGAGACGAAUUUCGUAGGGAGGAAAACAUGGAAAUUCAAAGCGGCGGUGGGAAAAUGAGAAAUGCUAGCGGCCAGCAAGGAGCGGCCGGCAAGGUGAAAAUGAGCAGCGGUGAAAAACAAAAGCGAACAUGAGCACAUGCGGGGGAAAAAAAUAUUGAGUAAACACAUACGACAAUUCCUCCAUAAAAAAUAAUGUGUCACUAGGAAGUUUGACGUUUUAGUCGUACAAAACAGCGUUGUAGUCGUGCAAAACAACGGCGAGGCAUAACAGGCCAGAGCCCCGAUUUUAGUGCGCGCCCGAGGAGGCCUAAUCUCCACAGCAACCACCGCAGAUCGGUUUCCAAUAACAGACAAGCGUUACUUUCGUAAUUAGUUUUAACAUUCCUCCAGACACCUUUGGAGAGCGCCGGACACAUUGCCUGUCAAGGAACUUUGUACUUUUGAUUAAACGAACCAGACAUCUCAAGGAAACGCGAAAUUUGAUCAGACUAUUUGGGUAUUAUACAUUCAUUUCACGGUCGAUUGAAAAUUUAGAAGUCGAUCUUCGCGGCUGGCUUCGCAAUUGAUAAGUACAGUUUNCAUUCCUCCAGACACCUUUGGAGAGCGCCGGACACAUUGCCUGUCAAGGAACUUUGUACUUUUGAUUAAACGAACCAGACAUCUCAAGGAAACGCGAAAUUUGAUCAGACUAUUUGGGUAUUAUACAUUCAUUUCACGGUCGAUUGAAAAUUUAGAAGUCGAUCUUCGCGGCUGGCUUCGCAAUUGAUAAGUACAGUUUUCUCGCCGCAUUUGGAUUCAAAUAGGCUUGAUACGCCUUCAAUGGUUUUUCAACCCGUGUCAACAUUGGUGACCUUCGAAGCGAAAACGGCGAGUCGGCGUAUCAAGUUUUUACUGAGGAGCCACAAGUAGGAAUACACUCUCUGCUGGCACAUCUUUCUCUGGUUUGGAAGGAACUCUGGAAAAAACCCUGACCCCCAAAAAAUUUAAAUCUUCUCUAUUUGAACGUUUGAGAAAGGCCGUCAGCAAUGCACAUUUUAUGGUCGCCGGUGUAAACGAAUGCGAGAGCUCGAGCUCUACUUCACAUCUCCUUGAGGAACAGCAAGACCGAUUAUCUGAUUCAAUGGACGACCUUUUUGAUCAAACGGCGAAGGAUUCAAAUCUUUUUUCUCUGGCUUAAGACGUUGUAAUUGUCGAUGUGCCUCCAGUGACAAAUCACUCUCGAAAAAGCCUGCCAAGCACUGUCGAAAUCCCGCCAAAAUCUUAUUCGCUGGAAGGAGCCCAAGACGCUGGAUUACUCCAGAUAUUGUUUCACUUCAACAUCUUCGUGUUCGCUUGAGCGAUCUGUAUAAUCAACGUCACAGAUAUAGUAUGGUUUCUAUAUCAGUCAUGUUAGUCUCCUUGAAACGUCGAUCACAAUCCAAAAAUUAUUAUUACAGGUUAUCUUUGUAUUGUUACUUGUUUUUUAAUUAAUAGGCCAAAUUAUACGGCUACCCUCUUCCUCAGAGCUUACAGGCAGCGCGCCCAAGAUUCUGACGUGUUGGUAGUCUCUCUUUUGAAAUGUCGGUCAUUAUCCAAAUUAUAAUUAUAGGUCAUCUUUGUACUGUCAUUUGUUUUUGACAUAGGCCAAAUUAUGGGGCUACCCUCUCCCUCAGAGCUUACAGGCGGCGCGCCCAAGUUUCUGAGGUGAAGGUACUCUCUCUUUUAAAAUGUCGGUCAUUUACCCAAAUUAUUAUUGUAGGUUAUUUUUGUAUUGUCACUUGUUUUUGAAACAGGCCAAAUUAUGGGGCUUCCCUCUCCCUCACAGCCUACAGGCGGCGCGCCCAAGAUUCUGAGGUGAUGGUAGUCUCUCUUUUGAAAUGUCGGUCAUUAUCCAAAUUAUUAUUGUAGGUCAUCUUUUUACUGUCAUUUGUUUUGAAACAGGCCAAAUUAAUUAUGGGGCUACCCUCUCCCUCAGAGCUUACAGGCUGCGCCCCCAAGUUUCUGAGGUGAUGGAAGUCUCUCUUUCGAAAUUAUAUUGUAGGUAAUUUUUGUCGUGUCAUUUGUUUUUGAAAUGGGCCAAAUUAAUUGAGGGGCUACUCUUGCUCCCUCAGAGCUUACAGGCGGCACGCCCAAGAUUCAGAGGUGAUGGUAGUCUCUCUUUUAAAAUGUCGGUCAUUUACCCAAAUUAUUAAUUGUAGGUUAUUUUUGUAAUGUCGUUUGUUUUUGAAAUAGGCCAAAUUAAUUUAUGGGGCUACCCUCUCCCUCAGAGCUUACAGGCUGCGCGCCCAAGUUUCUGAGGUGAUGGUAGUCUCUCUCUAAAUUUGAAAUUAUAAUUGUAGGUUAUUUUUGUAGUGUCAUUUGUUUUUUAAAAAGGCCAAAUAUCCACCUAAAAACCCGAGCGAUGUGAUUUAGUAACUUAUUCAUGGUGUUCAGCUUCCGGUUAGUUCAGUUUAUCGCCAUUUGUAGGCAAAGUUCACGCGCCCAUUAUCACACUCUAACUGGGUCGAUUGUGAGGAGACUCUUAUGUCAGUCAUUGACUAAAAACCCCCGCACGUUAAGCCUUUGUGCGACGGACGUCGCUUAGAAAUAUAAAUUGCCCACGCUGAUCGCCAAUUCUACUUGAAAAGUGUCUCUGAUUGAGUUGUGUAAUGUAUUCUAGAGAGUAAUUUUAGUACUAACCUCGCAGACAAGGAUGUAAUGAGACAUUUAUUUGCGUAGUUAGGCCUGCUAUCCAUUGGGCAAGCAUCCCUUUUAUUUCCUUUCGAUAGCCUUUCCAUGCACUAACCCUUGGGUGCAGAAACUAGCUGCCUCUCGCUGUACCAAAACUUGAUAGUUUUGGCGUUCAAUAUUUUUAACGGGUGCUCACAAAACACCAGGACUGCAUCGUGCACCUUUGACACUUUGGUACCCUGCGAGCUUUGGUUCAUCGCGUUUUGAAAUAUGGAAAUUUUGAUAUUCCCGCAUAAAAGAAGACUGAUAAAACGUGUCUUUCAUUGACUACAGUGAAACACCCGGAAAUGAAGGAUGUUUUGAAAGAAACGGGAAAACUGAUAAAAGUAAAUAUUUGUUUUGAUAAGUGAAAUCAAUGAGAAAUAACCAUAAACUAGUUUUGUUUUUUGUUUUUUGGUUUUUUAAAAGCGGUUUGUCUGGUACCAGAUAUGUACAAUUACUUUUAAUCAAACAUGGAUCGGGUUUUGUUAAUUAUGACAGAAUGUAAUUAAAAAGCAUUAUGUUGACAGCUACAAGGCACAUGCUUGCCUUAAGGUGGCUAGACUGGAUUUUUUGGGGUUGAUACCUCCCAAGUUUGAGCAUUAACUACGUCGGCAUGAGUAAAUGUAUGGAAAAAAGGUUACCACAACUGUAUUAUAUAAAGAUGAAAAUUUCUUAUGAUCUGGGUUUUAUUGCAAUCGGAGUCGCCAUGGCAACGGAAUGACGCCAUUACGUUUUUCAUUUAUCGUUGUGUUUCUCUGUAGCAGGAGUUUUUUGAAGAAAUCGCUUAAGGGAGUAUGUACCUGCCAUAAUUGCCUCCAUUAUGGCAAAGUUUGAAGAACUUCUAUGAGAGCGUUUUCGAAAUAUUUUGAAAUUCAGUUUUAAUAACCAUCAAAGCGGUGAAAUAGCAUACUAGCCGCAAAAUUCGCUAAUAUUUUAAGAAAAUGAUAAUCUUUGGAAUCGCAGCUUCAUCUCAUAGUGGUUUGAUUCCAUUGAAAAUUGCAUACAAAAAAAGAGAGGAACUGCUCUGGUCGAUCGCGAGUAAGAAGAAUUUUAUUAACUCGCAUUCAACUGCUUUUGCCUAAAAAUUUCGCAUUUUUCCAAAAACCGCUCGAUAAAUUUUUUUAUAAAUUCGACAAUCCCGAGAUCGAUUGUCAAGAAAUAUUCCCUACAAGUUUCAAGAACAUUGAAAACAGGGAAGGCUUUUAAAUAGGGCCUCAAACAUAACCAAUUUUCCCCCAGAUUUUGUGUUUACAAGCGAGCGUCCUCAUUAUUCACUGGCAUUGUUUUCAAGUUUCAUAUGCACGUGCACAACUAGCAAAAGAUAUAAAUUUGCAUCAAAAAGAACUCUCGAUUACUUUCCGAAGAAAUAUCCGGAAUAUGCUAAUAAUUGGCUUGUCGUCACAGAUAGCAGUGAGAGCCGAAACGGUGAACGUCACGGCUCAUCGUAUACUUGAUUAUCUUACUCGGGUUAUAACAUCACAGAAACUCUCACAAAGAGUUGCUCUGAUAUUAUAUAAUGUAUCACUAAUCUCUUUACCCGGUAAUUAGCAUAUCCCGGAGAUUUAACCGUGGGUCCUUUUUGAUGCAAAUUCUAUCUUUUUGCUAAAUGUGCACGUGUAUCUGAAACUUGAAAACAAUGGCAGUGACUAAUGAGGACGCUCGCUUGUAAACACAAAAUCUGGGAGGAAAAUUGGCUAUAUUUGAGGCCCUAUUUAAAAGUCUUCCCUGUUUUCAAUGUUCUUAAAACUUGCAGGGAAUAUUUCUUGACGAUUGAUCUCGGGAUUGUCGAAUUUAUAAAAAAAGUUAUCGAGCCGUUUUUGGAAAAAUGCGAAAUUUUUAGGCAUGGACCAAAUUACCUCCAAAAACUGUAUCAACAGCAUCUGAAUGCAAGUUAAUAAAAUCCUUCUUACUCACCAUCGUCCAGAGCAAUUCCCCUCUUUUUUUGUAUGCAGUUUUCAAUGGAAUCAAACCACUAUAAGAUGAAGCCGCGUUCCCAGAACUUGUCAUUUUACUUAAAAUAUUAGCGAAUUGUGCGGCUAACAUGCUAUUUCACUGUUUUUGUGAUUCUUAAAACUGCAUUUCAGAAUAUUUCGAAAACUUUGCCAUAAUGGAGGCAAUUAUGGCAGGUACAUACUCCCUUAAGCGAUUUCCUAAAAAAACUCCUGGUACAGAGAAACACAAAGAUAAAUGAAAAACGUAAUGGCGUCAUUACGUUGCAUGGCGACUCUGAUUGCAAUAAAACCCAGAUCAUAAGAAAUUUUCAUUUUUAUAUAAUACAGUUGUUGCAACCUUUUUGCCAUACCUUUACUCAUGCCGAUGUAGUUAAUGCUCAAACUUGGGAGGUAUCCCUCUCAAAAAAUCCAGUCGAGCCACCUUAAGCUGCGAGUAUCCCGCCAUGUUUUAAACAAAGGGCUUCUGACCAAGCAUGCAUUCUAAUCCGCCACAAAUAUGUGAAGCAAGCGUCUUUCAAAGUCGCCUAGUACUUAAAAUCGGGGCUCUGAAAGAAAAAAAAGCGUGCUGCACGUGCAAAUUUGCCUUUUGUAAUUAGAAGAAACUGAAGUGUGCUGCACGCGCAAUUUUUUUUUUUUUUGCUAAUUAGGUCUAUUAGUCUUGAAGCGAUUUUCAUUGUCGUCUCCGUUUAGCAUUACACGAUUUAAUUUUUUUGUCAAAGGUUUAAACCCAGGAGUCAUUUCAAAACUAGGUUGAGUUUGAUCGUCCGGGUGAACGUAGCCCUGAAUAAGACUGUUGUUUUUGACAGUGACUGAAGUUUCGACAACCUGUGCGGUAGUCAUCUUCAGAUUCAACGUGAGUUGUAUCACGUCAGUUGAUGGUAUUAUACUCUGGUUAUUGGUCUGAUUAGUCAACUACGUUGCGAUGUUAUUGGUCGUCUGUCAGUUAAUCCGUGAUGUUAUUGGCUAUGAAGACUCGUAAUCAGUAAUUGGUGCGUUUCGAUCCGUCUAUUGUCACAGUUAAACAGUCGUCUAUUGUCAAUCAAAUUGUCAGUUCUCCAGUCGUUCUCUCGUAGUUAGUUUCGCCGUUUUUUGCCAAUAAGUCGUUUGUACGGCGCUAGUAACUGUUGGCUACGAUUUAGUGGCGUUUGUUCUAAGUUAGUAAACCAGCUUUCUAAAGUAAGACGUUGAUAGUAGUCCCAGUCAAUUAUGUGUUUCGUCUGUAAAUGGUGCUCAGCAAUUUGAUUGUUGACGUCACUAUUCCUCGUCGCUCGCGUCGUUUGUGUUCGGUCAGUCGCGUGCUUAGAUUUCUGCCGGUUUCACCAAUGUAAGAACCCUAGCAGUCGCAGCAUUUGAUCUUGUAUACUGCUCCCGGUCUAUCCUCCGGUUAUCGCUUUGUGUGCAACUCGUAUAUUGUAAGGUUGUAAUAUAAGUGCAAUAGUUUCAGGAGAGGUGCCUCUGAUGUACGGUAUAGUCCUUGUCGAUACAGGGCCCGAGUUGGUCUAAGUGUUGGAAUCAGUGUUACUGUGAGUGUCCCGUCUAACAAAGUCCAUGUUGUAAUUUUUCUUACUAAAAACGUUGUUAAGAUAAUCAGUCUCGUAUUGUAGGCUGUCAGGUAAGUCGCAAACUAGUUGCGCUCAGUCUCGUCAAAGUCCGGAUAGUAGUGGCCUUGUGAGAGGUCGGGUUGUACGAAGACUGGUCUAGAACUCUGUCGGUAUGUGUCGGUUUUCUGUAAAUGGUCGUUUUCAGUUUGUUGUUGUCGCUAGUGACCAAGCCUUCUAGAAAAGGUAUCUUACCAUUUUUUUCGAUCUCCUUGGUGAACUGUAUGUCCGCGUUCUGUCUGUUAACGUGUUCGUGAAAAUCGUCGAUUCCAUCUUUGUGUACGGCGGUGAAUGUGUUGUCAACGGUAGCUAGGGCUUGUUCCUCGAUGUUUUGCAUGACAAUUUCUGCUACAAAAACAGAAACUGAAGAGCCCAUAACUGCACCGUGUAACUGUUUGUAGUGUUUGCCGUUGUACUGAAAAUACGUCGAAGUCAAACAGAGGUUUAAUAGGUCCAUAAUGUCGUCUGUAGGUAGUGGUAGUUCAACAGUAGAGUUCUUAAUGGCGUUCUAAGUACAGUCUAGAGCCAGUUGAAGUGGAAUACUGGUGAACAGUGAUUUCACUUCAAAGGACACUAGUUUGUGGUCGUCCGGUGUCUGUAUUGUCUUAAUGGUGUCAAUAAAGUUCUCAGUAGACUGUAGUUUGGUUCUAGAUUCGUCAGUCAGCGGUUUCAGUACGUUACCGUAAAAUUCCGAAAAUAAGCCCCUCCAAAUAUAAGCCCCCAAAUCUGGUAACGCAAAAACCCCUCCGCUAAAUCGCCCCUCCAAAUAUAAGAAUCCCCCAAGGGCUUGUAUUUGGAAAAAUUGCCCUCAAAUACAAAGUAAAAAGAAAAAGCAAAAACGGUAAAUAUACUUCCAUCUAAAGGCUAGCCCAAUAGAUUUUGAAACGCAAAUUUCCCUCCGUGGAUAAGCCCCUCUGAAUAUAAGCCCUCCAAAAAUAAGCCCCUCAAAAAGGGCCUUUGAAAAAUAUAAGCCCCGGGGCUUAUUUUCGGAAUUUUACGGUAGUUUAUAAGUAUUAUUAACCAGAGCUUCGCUUUUAGCCCUGGCUAAAUCUAUACAUUAGAGAAGAUGGCUUAUAUCUGAGAGAGGGUCUAACCUAAUUUAGCAAAGAUGAUGGUAUUAGUCCCUUAUAAAGCCGCUAGGACGCAAAGUGGAAAAUCUCAAGUAUACAACUUUGGAGGUCGGCUCUAGGCGAAGGUCAAGCAAGCAAAUCGAAACUUUCAACACUUGCGCCAUUCCGGAUCAGUUCACAUGAGGUGCCUAUUCAGUUUAUCAUUUAUUUAUUUUGAUAUGAAGAAUAAUAAGGGAGAAGAAGGAGAGACCUAAUAGGAAGGGGGGGGGGUAUUUAUUUUAUUACCCCGUAUACUGGGGGUCUUAUAAGAGAGGGGAGCUUAAUAGAGGAUUUACAAUAUCUGCAAAUUUAUCACGUAAAUUAUUUAGGAUAAAGAGCGAGUUGAAGACACACCAAAUAACUCCGAAGCAAGUGGGGGACCUUCGAGUACUCCAGACGGGAAGAAAGAGCAAGGAGAAGAAGGUGAUUUUGACGAGGACGAUCGAUGCAAAAUCCCAAUGACAGUGUUUUGGUCGUCGAUCCAGGAAGAGAAUGCUGCACCAAAGACAGAUGAGAAAGAGUGUAAUAACGAUUGUGAGACGUUUUAUCCAACUGACGCGAUGUCCUUUGCAUGGCAGAUAGCACGAGGAAUGGUGGGCUUAUUUAGAUUUUUUUUGUGUGUCUCUUGGAAACCAUAACCGGUUACAGUGUAGCCGUCCGUAGAAGUUCUGAUUUUACAUUUGGUGUAAAGUUUUAAUUUAAAGAUGAAUUUAACGAGAAAACGAGAAUAAGUACACGUUACAGAAAAUGAACAGAUUUCGACACCAGAUAAAAUUAGAUUUCAUUAUCCGUUUGUUUGUGCGAUGUUUACAUGGAUAUAAAAAUGGGUAUUUCUAUCUUCUUUUUCUUUUGUUUUCUUUUUUCUAUUUUAGAGCUAAUUCUUCAAAACCUUUAUUAUUCUUAGCUACUAGCAAACUUAUAUGUUAAUUUCUUAUCUGCGACGCACCGGUAAAUUAAAGCGGAGGUCACCGGUUCGAAUCCCGUUGAAGCCCUGAUAUAUUUCAGGCUUCUUCUUUCCAAUUGCUUAAAUUGGAAAAUUCACUGCGAUGAUCAUUCUUCACUUUUAUCUCAUUCACUUACUAACUGGCUUUACACUUUUCAGAGCUACCUCUCUGAGAAGGGUUUAGUUCACAGGGAUCUUGCUGCAAGAAACAUUCUUGUUGGGCACGGUAAAAAACUCAAGAUUGGAGACUUUGGUUUGAUGCGAGAAAUGUAUCAUGAGCUGUAUGAAGUUAAGAAGCAAAAGAAACUGCCCAUCAAGUGGAUGGCACCAGAGGCGAUUUAUGAACAGAUCUUCACCUCCAAAAGCGACGUG